UCCAAGGAAAAAAGAAGAAGAGGAAGAAGAAGAAAAAGAAGAAACAUCGUUACUUUGUUACACAAUUCGUGUUUCAGAGAUUUAUUUAACAAAUUUUCAACUUUCACUAUAUAUCGUCUGGAGUACCGUUUAUUCAUCCUUGGAAAAAAAUUAGUGGUCUUAAAACGGCCGACCGUGAAAUUAAUCAUCGUGUUUUCUCACUUGGGCCGUGAACGGUUCCCUUCUGUAACGGCAAGUUCGAAAAAUAUCGAAAGACCGAUUAAAAACCGAUCUUUUCCUCGCCCUCGUGCAUUAAUUAACCAUCGAUCGAUCGAUCGAGCGAUCUUACUCGCGCUUGUUCAACAAAUUAAACCGUUAAAACUAAAAUGGAAAGCGUUAAAAAGUUCAAACGUUCGUUGAACGACCGUUUUCCCCAACGUUCGUUUCAAAGCUGCCACUUUAAAAACGCGCGACGCGUAAAAAUACGUUAAAGUAAUAAAAAUAAAGAUAAUCGGUUUUGAGGCGAAAAUGAGAAAUAGAAUCGUGCGCGCGCGAAAGAAGAAGAAAGAAGGAAGCACAACAAAACAGGCCAUUAUCGUUAAAAACCCAAAUGCUUGGAUGGAUAGAUCGAGUUAACGACAUAAGAUAAUGAUUCGAGGACGAUACAAUUAAGAGAUGGACAACAUUCCAGCAAAGUGUUGUUUUAUUGUACGUUGUGUCGAUGUUUAUUACGAUCAUGUGUUAUACCAACAAUAUCUCUCUGCUUCUCAUUUCCAUUUAACAUGUGCCAUAUAAGUAAGAAUAAUCCCGAAGGAUUUUUGUAAGAAAAAAAAAAUCAAAUCUCGAAUCGAAAUGGGAAGCAAGAAAGAAAAAAGACUCUCCACUCUCGUCGUUGACGAGAAAAGGAAAUAUAAAACGAAAUUGAAUGGGAUAAAUCGGGUCUCGAUCGUUGCUUGCAUCCUGACUGUCACAUCGACGGGACCAUCGUCGAACGCCAAGAAGCCUGUCCUCUGGUGGGAGGCAAAACUCUCUCUCUCUCGAGCACAGCUGAUCAUUAAAGCUGCCGCUGGCCAGUCAAACUUUCACGCUCGGCUAUAUCCAAGCUUCGUGCGUCGCAACGCGUCCCAGUGCCUCGCAAAAGUUUCGCGGAAAAUCGAAUUUUUCUCCUCGAUUUUUCUUCUUCCUUUUCUUUCCCUUCUUUUUUUCUCUCUCUCGUUUUUCUUCUUUCUCGCGCUCAUCCGCUCGACCCUUGCCCCGAGUUCUCUUCAAACAACUUCCAAAAGUUCGUAUUUUUACCGUUCAAACGUACGUUUAUCGAAUCGUUUUCAACCGAGGUAUCCUCGAUUCGACUCGCGGCGCAAUGUAAAUAAAUCAUCCGCCGAUUUAUUCGUAGCGGGGAAGGAGAAGAAAGGAGGAAGAAGAAGAAGAAGAAGAGAAGGAGAAGGAGGAGGAGGAAAGAUAUUAGGGAUAGGAGAGGAUGAGAAGGACGAUUGUUGUUAAUCGAUGGAAAAGUAUCGACCUUGGUGAAAGAGAAUCGGCGGAGAGGAGCGUUGUUGUUGUUGUUGUUGUCGUUGGUCGUUGGAAGAAAAAAACUUGGUUCGUGGAAAUGGUAAGGCGAUCGAUGAGGAACGAGUGCGCGAGAAAGGAGGAAAGCUGAUACGCGUAAAAGGAAGAAAGUCGCGGACGAGGCUAGGCGUGAGGCUUCGUCGAGUUAAAAGGGGAGGAAACGAGGAAUAUCUGGAGAAUAUUUCCCUUUCGACGGGAUAUCUCGUUGAUCGGAAACGGAGAAUUUGACAAUUUUUUCCCUCCCCACCCUUCUUUAUCCGCCACGCGCGUGUAAACACGAGGGUCGACGCGAGCGAGAAAAUUAAAUAUACGUCAUACGAGCAUGGAAACACGUUCCAUUCGGACGCAAACACGUCUCCAAUUAGUAUACGUUCCGUCCGCGUCUGCCUUUCUUUGAAAUAGCGCGAUGAAGAAUAAAUAAAUAAAUCAUUACGCACGAUCAGUCGCACCACGGCGCGGUUUCACAGGUUGAAAGCGAGAUAAAGAAUCACGGAAACGAAGCUGAUCGGUCAUGGUCCGCGUACUUCGUGUACAAAUGACGAGGGAAUAGUCGUCUCGAGGUUCCAUGGACCUCCACCUUGCCCAGAAGAAAAACCGCCUCUUCUCCCCCUUCUCCCCCUCCUCCUCCAGACAAUCGUCCGUUCCAUGGCCGUUUUUUCUUCCCCCUCCCCUCCCUCUCGUCAACCCAUCAUUACAAUGAUAAUGGAUCAGCCUGUUUUUUCGAAUCCUCCCGCUAUGAUGUGUGUACACCCGUGCGUCCUCGCCUGAAAAAAGGAAAAGAAAAAGAGAGAGAGGAGAAGGAUAGAGGAGAUCCUCGCGCCACGCUCGAUUUAUACACACUUCAGGCCGAGAAGCGAAAAUAAUCGUGGAAAUAAUAUAAUAAAUAUCCUGACUAUAAAAGCGGUUGAGGAUAAAUAAGUACGCGAGACGCGGUGGGAGACAGAGGAAGGAAGACGGAGGAGGAAGAAGGUGGCACGAAGGUGUUGUGCUACUUAAAACGAUGAUACCGUUUCGAGAAGAUGGUUCGAACGAUCGCGUUAUCGAUUGAUCGCCGCACAGUUUGAGCGGCGAACGAGGACGCGACGCGAGAAAGGAAUACAAAUACACGCGUACAUAUAUAAAUAUAAAUAUAUAUAUACAUAUUGGAAGAGAAGAAAAAAAAUCGAAGAACGUUCGUAAAGAUGAGGAAUCCGAUAGCGACGGUUGUCCUCUUCCUGCUGGCCGUCUCGAUAUUUUGCGAUGGAACGACGCACGCCUACAACGUUCUAAUGGCCACCAUGGGUGGGACCAAGUCUCACACCAUACCUUUCGUCGCGUUGGGUAUCAGUUUGAAAACACGUGGACACAACGUGACCCUUUUAAGCGCAUUUCCGGGACCAGCUGCGAAUAAUGGGCUGCAGGAGUUCGUCCCUCCCAUUUUCGAGGCUUACGUCGGGAAUUACACGUCUGAGUGGGACUUGGUCGGUGCGAGGUUCCGGGACGAAAUGCCCAUCUCGCCGUGGGACGCGAUGCGAUAUGCCUGGGAGUCUUGCGAGGCGCUUCUUCGGGACGAAAUAUCGGUACCCUGGCUGAGAAGGGGCAAAGCCGAUUCUCGCAAACGAUGGGACGUUGCCGUGGUGGACGGAGCCUUCCCCGAGUGCCUUCUCGGAGUUCUCCACGGCGAGGGCGUGCCCAUUAUCAUGCUCAACACGGUGGCCUUGUACAGUGGGUCGAUAAGUCGGCAAGGGAACCCAUCUCCAUGGUCCGUCACUCCUUACUUCGGCAAAUCCCUGACGCAAGACAUGAGCUUCGUUCAAAGGAUCCUGAACGCCGCCUGCCUCGUCAGUUUGAGGAUAAUGCACUGGUUCAUGAUCACCGGAUACCUUCAACCGGUUCUGAGAAAGUAUCUAGGGAAUCAAUUACCCGACGUGCGAGAUUUGACCACGGAGAUCCCCCUGACAUUGCAGAAUAGUCAUUACAGCGUGGCCGACUCGGUCCCUUACUUGGCGAACGUGGUGAAUGUCGCGUGCCUCCAUUGUAAACCCGCGACUCACCUUAGUCCGGAUUUGGAGACCUUUUUGCAACGCGGUUUCAUCUUCGUUUCCAUGGGUUCGUCGGUCCGCGCUUCGGGCAUGCCCGAGGCGCUUCGUCAAAUCUUCGUGGCAGCCUUUGCCACGCUUCCGUGCAACGUUGUAUGGAAAUGGGAAGGUAUGAAGAUCAAAGAUCUGCCAUCGAACGUCAGAACAGCGGCAUGGUGGCCGCAGCAAGAGCUAUUAGGCCACUCGAAGCUUCGAGCGUUUGUCUCCCACGGUGGACUUCUAUCUCUGCACGAGGCCGCUUAUCACGCUGCUCCCACCCUCGUUUUGCCCGUUUUCUGUGAUCACGAUGGAAACGCGGCACAAGCUGAAAAAUUGGGUUACGCUUUGGUGAUGGAUUUGGCCGGAAUAUCCAUCGGGAGUCUUCGCGAUGGGAUUCUCAAAGUGGCUGCAAUUCACAAUAAUUCGUAUCGAACAGCGGCGAAAAAGAGGAGCACGUUGUUACGAGAUUUACCGAUUAAUCCUAAAAAAUUGGCCACUUGGUGGGUGGAACAUGUUGCCAAGUAUAAAGGAGAACAUUUAAAAAGUUCUACUAGGCAUAUGAGCGUUAUUCACUAUUAUUCCAUCGAUGUGGUAAUAUUUUACGUGAUAACAUUAACGCUAUUGAUGUACGGAUUAAAGAAAUUAUGCUGGAGGACUAUAUCCAAACAAGCUGUUAAGAAGAAAAUUAAUUAGACUGAAUAGUGUCAAUUUUAUAGCGAUGAAAUUUUGUGAAAUUGCGAUAUUUUUAUAUUUAACAGCAUUCGAUACCGUUGUGAUCAUAUAAAUGCCUUACAAUCGUAAUCGAAAUGUUCUGUAAAAAAAAAAUCUGAAUAUUUGAUCACAUUUCUAUCGUGUUAAAAAUGAAGGAAUAUCAUUGUACAAAUCGUCGUACAGAUCUCUGUAUUAACUACCGUCGAUUACUGUUACCAAACAAAUUUGAAACAAAUUUUAAAAUUUUACGAUAGACGAUAUUUGUUAUUAUCAUCUGUAAAUAAAUUAAAAAAAAAAACAAAGUAGUAAAUAUAUAAAAUAUUUUUAAAAUCAAUUAAAAAAAAAAAAAAAAGAUAAUAAUAAAAAUAAAAAUUUAUCGCUUCAUAAUAAAUAUAGCGUUUAAAUUUCGAGAAUUUUAUUGCGGUACGUUCGCUUGUUUGCAAACAUUAGAGAUAAAAUUUUACGUAACGCGUUUUAUAUUUUUUUUGUUUUAGAACGAACCACGAUUAAAUUUGAAUAAAAAGGAUCCGUCAUCGCGAA